CAGCGGAGGACCACUUCUGCUACUGAAAGCCGCACUUAACCACGCUCCGGACAGCAGCCCCCUGAGGACGGACUCAGGACAGAUAUCAUUCAAUACGAAGGCUGGUGUUUGUAUGGUCACCUCGCAAAGAUUUGCUGUAGCAGGUCUCCCCUGUGGGCUUUGGUGUGGACAAGUGCAGUCUAGGAGUGAGCGGUGCUGCAGAGCUCAGUAGACCGGGAGGCGGGAGGCACCAUGUCCAACAGCCAGUCAGACAGCUGCAUGGGCCACCAGGCCCCUCUAAUUCUGGAGAGCGUCUUCUCCACAGAACUCCAUAUAUCUGAGCCUGGAGAUGAUUGCUCCCCUACACCCCAAUCUGAAACACCCCAACCACAGGAAGGUGUAGUAGACAGGCUGGUGGUGCCUCAGCAGGUGGUGUUGAGCACCCAGAGUCCUGCAGCGCGGAAAGUUGGCAAAAACCAGCUCAUCCCAAAGAAGUUGGCCAGCCGGCAUAAAGUCCGCCACCACACCACCGUGGUGACCUUCCCUGUGGGACUGGAGAACUCCACCAGUGCGACCCGGAGCCGCCACUCAACUCAGGGGCCAGAUUUGUCCUGGGAGGAUUAUGACAGUGAUGGAGACGGCUUUGCUUUGAGGAGGAACCGCAGGAACAAGUCAUACAGAGCGGCCGUGACCAGCUUGGACAUUGAGGCCAUGGCGUCGGGACAGGGGGCCGCAUCCACGCUGAAACCUGUCAAAGAGGACCGAGCAGCCAGUCCUGGUCCUGGACGCAAGAGAACCCUGGGGAGAAAGAGGAACCAGAACAAGCGUGGGUCCUUCAAAGAUGCUACACCGCGCCUCUACCAGGAGAUCCGAGAGCGAGGGCUGCACUCCACCAACCAGGACGAGCUGCUGGACGACUUUGUGGUGGUGGAGCCUCCCGUGGAGGACCAGGGCAUCGUGGUGAAGAGCUACCGGCCCGUACAGCUCACAUGGAGCCAGCUGCCUCAGGUGAGGGACACGGGUAUCCUGACAUUGAUCUCACCUCUGGAGAGAAAGAGACAAGAGGCCAUUUUCGAGAUAAUCACAUCGGAGCAUUCGUAUCUGCACAGCCUGGGCAUUCUGGUGCGUCACUUUAAGAGUAGUGAAGCUCUGAAGAAAACAAUGACAGCCACAGAGCACCAUCACCUCUUCUCCAACAUCUCUGUUAUUCACCAAGUCAGCAAAAGGUUUUUUGAGGACCUUGAACGGCGUCACUCUGACAACCCGGUGAUCAGGGACAUUAGCGAUAUUGUUCAGAACCACGCUGCCCACCACUUUGAGCCCUACAUCGUGUACUGCUCCAACGAGACUUUCCAGCAGAGGACGCUGCAGAAGCUGCUGACCAGUAACACUGCGUUCAAAGAGACCCUGAACCAGAUUGAAGCUAGCAGUGAAUGUGGAGCCCUGCCCAUGAUCUCUUUCCUCAUCCUUCCCAUGCAGCGAGUCACCAGACUGCCCCUGCUGCUGGACACAAUCUGCCAGAAAACUCCAGACAAGACGGCGGAGUACUUCGCUGCUGUCUGGUCGCUGCACGCCAUCAGCAAGUUGGUCACUAGCUGCAAUGACGGAGCUCAGCGAAUGGAGAGAACAGAGCAGAUGUACACCAUGCAGAAACUCAUGGACUUUGGUAAAAUCAAACCAUUUCCUCUGGUGUCGUCGUCGCGGUGGUUAAAGAAGCGUGGGGAGCUGGCCCUCUGCAGCGAGGAGCUCAGCAUCUGGAGGGCCUUCAGCAACCGGAGCUACUACCUGUUCCUCUUCAACGACGUGCUGAUCGUCACAAAGAAGAAGAGUGAGGAGAGCUUUGUGGUGAUGGACUACGCUACUUUGGAGAAUGUGGAGGUGGAGGUGGUGGAGGAGGCAGAAGGACGGAUGUCUCCACCCUCCAAAAGCAGCUCCAGCCACUAUCUGUCCUUCAAGCUGCUGAUGAGCAAGAACAGCGACGGCAGAGCGGAGCAGAUCUCCCUGGUGGCCGAGUCCAGGGUGGAUCGGGCCCGUUGGAUAGUUGCUCUCACAGAACACAAGCAGGCAGGAGUCUUAACCUGCAAAGAUGGUCUUCCACAGUAUGAGGCCAACAAAUCCUACAUGCCAAAGGAGCUGGAUGAGUUGGGGCUGAAACAGGCUGAGCUUGUCAUCUUGUUACAGAAAGAGGAAGCAUGGUGCUAUGGGGAGAGGAUGCGCGAUGGAGUGAGAGGCUGGUUUCCUGCUACCUGUGCCACAGAGAUCACAGACCUCAUGGCCAUUGAAAACAACAUGCAACGUAUGAAGCGCCUGCGCAAAGAGACCAAUGUUUGAGAGAUGGACAAAAUAACUACCAUUGAGAAGACUGGUGACGGCCAUUAUGUUCAGUUAUUAAGAUUGCAUUGUUUCCGUGUCGUACUGAACAUUCCAUGACUAAAUGCUAUACUACCUGUUUACCAGGAUAUGAAAAGCUAAAAUAAUUGCCACCUAUGUUGUCCUUAUACCAAGGUGGUCUAGGUUGAAUACAAUGUGACCAUGAGAGUCCUGGGUUGAUUCCAGCCAGCUUCAUGUUACCCUUAUCAGACUGUCCAACCCAAUUAUUUCAAAAUAUGACGAUCAGGAUGAAUUGACAUCUCAAUCAGACUGUUUAAAGGUAUUUUUGUUCACCUUCUAUGUAUGUGACCAUUAAAGACAGGACUUUAGCAGGACUUCCCACUUGUACAGCACAACCAUUUUUUCUUUUUUGUUGUGAAUGUGAAUUUAAAACCUACUUGCUGUUCUAAACAAUGAACCUGAAAUACAGCCUGGGACUUUUAAUUGAAAAAUCAACGUUUAACUCUGUAGUAUGACUGUAUUACCCACACUGUCCCAUUACCUAACAAGUUGGGUAACUGGAUUUUAUGCUAAAUGUUGGUUGCAACAUGUGUAGGUUUGUGUAUUAAAUGUGAACCCAGAAUCAGCGUAUGUAAAAAUAUAUAUAUAUUUACCACUAAAUGCAGUUUGACGUUCUGACCGUAUUCAUUUUGAAAAGCAAAAAUACUCCAAACCUAACCGUAUACUAUGUAACUGAAAGAUAAAUUAAGUUGGUGUCAUUGUUCAAAGCCAAUAUACUUGAAAUAUAAGAAUAAAGCAAACACUUGAGACAAUAUUCCUGGUUUCUGGAUUUUUAUUUGAGCUUGCAUUUUGUUAAAAUGUUUGAAUACAUAAAAAGUUAUUUAAAAAUGUCAAACUGACCAGAUAUCAAAUUCUAUUUUUUUUUUUAAAAACCAUUUGGUGUAAAAACUUAGGACAGAUUUAGAAAAACAUUUGCUGUUUCCCCAAAACUUUUUGUAGCUGUCACAUAAAAAUAA